GAGCAAUCAGAGCAAGUGGAGGGUUUUCCAGUAAGAAGUCAUCAAAAGUUUGUUUCCGCACUCUUUCGAGGUCUUGGUUAACUACCGCUAACAAAUUAUGUAAAUGUGAGCAUUACAUGGAAUAGAAAAAAUGACUUAAUAUCUAAAUUGUAAUAAAGGUUUACCUCUGAAAAGACGCAUUAGCUUAGUUGGCUAGCUAGUUGGCUACAAUGUAGCUACGUUAGUAAGAGAAAUAGCAUAUGCUACAGUGAACUAAAUCACUGGUUGUUAAUGGGAGUAGCUAGCCUAGUUACCCAGAUAGCUGUUCUCUGACCAUGCGAUCGUUACAUAUAGCAGGCCACUAUUUGGAAAUAGUUGGUAUUUAUUCAAGAGGACGAAAGCUGGUGCUCGCUCAUCUUUCGUCCUGGGAACAUUAAAACCAGCCAGUAAACAGAAGAACAGCAGGGUGGCCACAAUAGCUAUAGGAUGGAAGGUGAGGACCUUUAGCAGGCUGCCUGACAAAGAGCCAUGGAGGGGGAUGAGCAAGCUACUUCUCCAGUGAAAGGUGAAGGCUUGGUGGAGCUAACCAUGGUGGAGGGGGCCAUGGCACUGGCGGAGUUUAUGGAAGGCCAGACGUCUCCCCAGGCUGAUAUCAGCCUUCCUCGCGUCACUGUGGACACAGCCUGGCUGACUGUUCAGGAGGGAGAGUCCACCUCGUCUGACUGUGGAGGUACCACAGACCUUCAGGAGCUGGGCUCUGCCUCAGCGGAUGAGGGAGAGAGGGAGGGCAGCGAGAUCUUGGACACCACAGGAACAGGGGUAUCGCCCCUCAGCAAGGAAUCAUGGAAUGGGGACAGAGUGAAAAAGGAUAAACAGCAGAAGAACAGUAGUACACAUGUAAAAGCUAGCUCAUUCCCAGAUCCACUGCAAACGUCUGCACUCUCACUAUCUGAUCACUUGAGGCUCGGCCGGGAUGACGCUGAUGGCGUGGGACUGAGUGUGGAGUGCAGGAUAUGUGGGGACAAAGCUUCAGGGUUCCACUAUGGUGUGCAUGCCUGUGAGGGUUGCAAGGGAUUUUUUAGACGCACCAUUCGUAUGAAGCUAGAGUAUGACCGCUGUGAGCGCACCUGCAAAAUCCAAAAGAAGAGUCGCAAUAAGUGCCAAUACUGCCGCUUCCAGAAGUGCCUGGCUCUUGGCAUGUCCCAUGAUGCUAUUCGGUAUGGCCGUAUGCCAGAGGCAGAGAAGAAGAAACUGGUGGCCGGGCUACUGGCAGGAGAAAAGAAUCUUCUGAGCCCUGGACGCUCUGAUCUCAAAACUUUGGCCAAGCAUGUAAAUACAGCCUACCUAAAGAACCUCAACAUGACCAAGAAAAAAGCACGCAGCAUCCUCACUGGCAAGACCAGCUCCACAACGCCCUUUGUGAUUCAUGAUAUGGAUUCACUGUGGCAAGCGGAGAAUGGUUUGGUCUGGAACCAGCUGAAUGGCGCACCCCCAAAUAAAGAAAUCGGAGUCCAUGUUUUUUACCGGUGCCAGUGCACCACAGUGGAAACUGUUCGAGAGCUCACAGAGUUUGCCAAAAACAUCCCUGGCUUUGUAGAUCUUUUCCUUAAUGAUCAGGUGACCUUGUUAAAGUAUGGCGUUCAUGAGUCCAUUUUUGCAAUGCUGCCAUCCCUAAUGAAUAAAGAUGGACUCCUGGUAGCCAAUGGCAAGGGCUUUGUGACGAGAGAGUUUUUACGAAGCCUGCGCAAACCCUUCAGUGAAAUUAUGGAACCCAAGUUUGAGUUUGCAGUGAAGUUCAACGCCUUGGAGCUGGAUGACAGCGAUUUGGCUCUGUUUGUGGCGGCCAUCAUACUGUGUGGAGACCGUCCAGGACUCAUGAACGUGAAGCAGGUAGAGCAGAUCCAAGACAGCAUCCUCCAGGCUCUAGACCAGCACCUCCAGGUUCACCAUCCAGAUUCACUUUACCUCUUCCCCAAACUACUGCAGAAGAUGGCUGACCUCCGUCAGCUAGUCACAGAGAACGCCCAACUGGUUCAAAUGAUUAAAAAGACAGAAUCUGAGACCUCCCUCCAUCCACUUCUACAAGAAAUUUACAAGGAUAUGUAUUAAAUCUUUUCAGUGAAGACUAUUAACCUCUCAUUCUGAACCAAGACAUGUAAAUUAUAUACAGGUCUUGUACACAUGGUGCUGUAGACACCUUAAGAUUUUUAUAGACUAUUAUGGAGUUUCACAAAUACUGUGUUGGAAAAAAAUUCUUAGGGGUUUUUGUUUCUUUUAAUUAAUAAAUAUUGAUUUUUGUGACCAGCUGAUCACAGUUUCCACCUGGUCAACAGUUCAGCAAUAUAACUCAGAAUAUAAUGUUGUGUUUUGAGUGUAUUAUAUACACCAUUUUCUAAUAGUCCUUUUUUUCUGAAUUAGACUUGACUAAAAGGAUUCAAGUAGUUUUAAAUCCAGGCUGCCACACACACCUAAAUGCAGACCUUUCCGGACUUUUGGAAGGGUUCUUGUAAUCAUGGUUUAAGGCAUAGACUCGAUCCAAUGCUAUAGUGCAACUUGGCUUGGGACAUUGUUUGGAAUUAAAGCUUGCUCAAAUGAUUACUAGUCACAUUUUCACCACAGAUGAAAUGCUUUUAAAAGAAAUAUUAACGGGCCUGGUACCAGGAUGUGUACUUGGCUACAUAAGAAUAUUGCCUUAAUUCGACUAUUGUCUGUAAUUUGUCAUGUCCCUGAGGAGUGGCAUGCUUUUAUUUGCUGAUAGCAAAAGGCAAUGCUACAGUCAACAUUAUUUUAAAGUUCAAUAUACUUUUGGUAUGUCAGAUAACAUUAAUAAGAUAACAUUAAUAAGAUAACCCAUUCUUCCAGUGCUAUUUAUGGCCUUUCAUGUUUGUAGGAGUUUGAUUUGGUUUGCCUUAUUUAACAUUUAUUUACUUGGGGUCUUAAAGGAAUGGUUUGUUUUAAAACAAAAUAUAGAUUCUUCACUGGUAGUAAAGACAUAUUUUCCUAAAAUGUUAUUCCAAUGUCCUAUUGUAUGGGCUUUUGUGUAUGUGUAAAAGCUUGACACUUAUACUGUUCUAAAAGCUACCCAGUAUCUAUUUCAGACCUCAGCUGUCAAAUUGGUGGGUCUCUAAUGAACAGCAGCAUGUCAGAAAUCAGAAAAUUGAUUUAUGGUUUAAAAAUGCACUGUAUUUUCAGGUUGGAGACUUUUAUUCUGGAGCAAAUGGUGUGAAGAAUACAAAUAGUUUUAAUUACCAAUUAUUUUGAUAUUUUUGAUGGCUCAGGUGGCUCAGAAUGAAAAUCUGUUGAAACAAAAA